AUGGCUGUAUACGCCUUUCUCUCGUCUGGCCUCUGCUUAGCCGCCACUCUCCCAUCCCAAUCCUCAGCCCUUCUCCCUCCCAGCGAUCCCUUGUACCAGAGGGCUGACAUCCAUCAAGCCGCGCGAGUCGACGCCCGGCUCAUACCAUCAUUUGGCUCGGACUACGCUAUCACGCAGGUCACCAACACGCCGCGCAUGGAAUUCCUUAAGGGAAUUGUCAACGUUCCAGCCGGCGAAACGUUGAAUUACGAGGUUCGCUACCGCCGCAGCCAGAAGGAUUACCUUCUCUGGAUGUGGGAGAAGCACUUCCACCAGGAUGACAGUACGAACUUGAAUGUGGUCGUGUUUCAUGACAUCGUCGAGGUCAAGGUCAUAGACGCCCUCGAUGACACCUUGCAGGAGAAAAGUUUUGAACUCGACGACUCCGACGUGACGGGUCCGGCCGACGCGACCAAGGCCCUCUUGUGCAUCUACGACAUCUUCGGCUUCUAUCGGCAAACGCUCCAAGGAGCCGACAUCCUCUCCGAGGGGGACACGGAGCAGAAGUACCAAGUGUUCCUCCCGGACUUCUUCGAGGGCAAUCCGGCAAAGCUGGAAUGGUACCCGCCAACAACCGAUGAGCAGAAGGAGAGACUGGGCGCAUGGUUCCAGAAUGCCCUACCUCCACUCCAUACGCCCAAAGUCCCCGGUCUCCUACAAGCGGCGGAGAAGACCAACAGCAACAUCGGAGCUUGA